AUGGAUCGAGUGCAGGCAUUCGGCAAGACCUUCAGUGCGAACUUCACGCCCUUCGCGCAGCGCACCCAGCAGCUCAUCAAGGAGCAACUGGGCCAGGCCGAAGACCGAACCCAGCUCCCCGAUGAGUACAUCGAGCUUGAGAAGCGCGUCGAUGCGCUCAAGCUGGUUCACCAGAAGCUGCUCUCCGUGACCUCCCAAUACUCCAACGAGGCCUACGACUACCCACCCAACAUCCGCGAGUCCUUCAAUGACCUCGGCCGCACCAUCAACGAGAAGGUCACGCUUCUUUCGCAGGCUGGUUCCCCCGCCGAGGCCCAGGCCGCCCUGACCGCACCCCCCUCCGCGAAGCCGCAGCCCAAGACCUUCAACCACGCCAUCGCGCGCGCCUCGCUCGCUGGCUCCCAGACACUCGCACAGAGCACUGAGGGCGAGGACCCGCUCGCCACUGCGCUGGAGAAGUAUGCUUUGGCUGAGGAGAAGGUCGGCGAGGCCCGUUUGAGCCAGGAUUCUCAGAUCCAGUCCCGUUUCCUCGCUGGCUGGAACACUACCCUUAACACCAACCUCAUGUUCGCUGCCAGGGCCCGCAAGAACGUCGAGAACGCCCGCCUGACGCUUGACUCUGUUAAGGCCUCUAAGAAGGCUGCUGCCUAUGGUGAUCUGGACAACUUGAGCGAGGAUGCUCGUCAGGAGAUCGAGCAGGCUGAGGAUGAGUUUGUUGGCCAGACUGAGGAGGCUGUUAGCGUGAUGAAGAACGUCCUUGAUACCCCCGAGCCCCUUCGCAACUUGGCCGAUCUGAUUGCCGCCCAGCUUGAGUUCCACAAGAAGGCUUACGAAAUCCUCAGCGAGCUUGCCCCCACUGUGGAUGCUCUGCAGGUUGAGCAAGAGGCCAGCUACCGCAAGAGCCGUGAAGGUGCUUAA